UUUCAAGAAUCAUAGAUCUCUUGGAAGAACCAUUAGUUGCUAUUUGUUCCACUUUUGUUGUUUAUUUGACAAUGAAUGAUAAUACCCUGGGUGCAUAUGAGGAUGUUGAAGAUUUAGCAAGUCAUGUGGUGAAGAAAGCAUUGAAAAAAAUGGAUGAUUCCAAUUCUGAUUGA